GUGAAUCUUUGUAGUGGUCAUACGUAACAAUAAAUACAAGGUUUUAAUUUCCAAAACAAAUACUAUAACACAAGCAAUAUUUCUUUCUUUCUUUUUAUUUUUUUCUUAAAAAACAAAACAGAAAAAAAUAAUAAAAAAAGAAGAAGAAAAGCAAAACGACAACAGAGCAGGGAUAAGAUCACACACACAGAUACACAAAACUCAAUGAUUCAACCCAUAUCAUAUCAUAUGAAGUAAGUAGGUUAUAUUAUUACUAUCAUUAAUAAAAAAUAAAAAUAAAACUGGUCCACCAACAUUUGCCGUUUUGAAAAAGUGCUUCUUCAAAGGCUUGUGAGGGAACAGAGGAUAUUAGCAAGAAAAAAAGAAAAAAAAAACCCACAAUUGAUUUAGUUUCUUUAUGCAAAGAAUCUCUGCAUUUUCUCUGUGCAGUAUUUUGUUGUUGUUCUUGUGUAUGUAAGUGGGUCUCUCUCUCUCUCUCUCUCUCUCUCUCUCUCUCUCUCGUUUUCUUCUUCUCUUCCCAUCUUUCUUUCUGCAACAAACACUGUACCCACUCUGUUUCUACACAUGUCUUCUUCUUCUUUCUCUGCUAUCUCUACGCUCCUCCUCUGCUACUUUCAUUAUCUUGAAUCACCACUUUCUUUCUUUGAUCUUUAGUCUUUAACGAUUUUUUUUUUUUUUUAAUAUAACUUAUAAAGAUCCAGUCUUUCUUUGUUUCUUUAACGAUGGCUGUUUUGAUGUGUUUUUAUCUCUCCAUUAACUUGCUGAUUCUAUGUUCAUCUGCUCAAACCCAACGCAGCCCUGAGAAUCUUGCAGAAAUCGAAUCUUUAAUGUCAUUCAAGCUUAAUCUUGACGACCCACUUGGUGCUUUAAAUGGAUGGGACUCUUCAACACCUUCAGCUCCAUGUGACUGGCGUGGAGUUUUUUGUACUAAAAACCGAGUCACUGAACUUCGUCUUCCUAAUCUUCAACUCGGUGGCAGACUCAGUGACCAUUUAUCUAACUUACAAAUGUUAAGUAAGUUAAGUCUAAGAUCGAACUCUUUUAAUGGAACAAUCCCUUCUUCUCUUUCAAAAUGUACCCUUUUACGUGCUCUGUUCUUGCAGUAUAACUCACUCUCUGGUAAUCUUCCACCAGAUAUGAGUAACCUCACGCAACUUCAGGUGCUUAAUGUAGCUCAAAAUCAUCUUUCUGGUCAAAUCUCUAGUAAUAAUCUUCCUCCAAACUUGGUGUAUAUGGAUCUUUCUUCAAACUCAUUUAUAAGUGCACUUCCAGAGAGCAUUUCAAACAUGUCUCAACUUCAACUUAUCAAUCUUUCAUAUAAUCAGUUCUCUGGUCCUAUUCCAGCCAGCUUUGGCCAUCUUCAGUAUCUCCAGUUUCUUUGGUUGGAUUAUAAUCAUUUAGUUGGUACUUUACCUUCUGCAAUUGUUAAUUGCUCUUCACUUGUGCAUUUGAGUGCUAAUGGUAAUGCACUUGGAGGUGUUAUUCCUGCUGCAAUAGGAGCACUUCCUCACCUACAAGUCCUUUCUCUCUCUGAGAAUAACCUAUCUGGCUCUGUCCCUUUGUCCAUUUUCUGCAAUGUCUCUGUUUAUCCGCCUUCGUUGCGGAUCGUGCAGCUUGGAUUUAAUGGGUUCAGUGAGAUUGUUGGUCCUGAAUCAGGAGGAGAUUGUUUUAGUGUUUUGCAGGUUUUGGAUCUUUCAAAGAAUCAAAUUCAUGGUGGGUUUCCUGUAUGGUUAACGAAAGUUGCUUCUUUGACAAUGUUGGAUUUUUCAGGGAAUUUAUUUUCCGGUGAGAUUCCGGCAGAGAUUGGAGACAUGUCGAGGUUAGAACAACUAUGGAUGGCUAACAACUCCUUCAGUGGUGCACUGCCGGUGGAGAUGAAACAAUGUAGCUCAUUGCGAGUUCUUGAUCUUGAAAGAAACAGAUUUUCAGGUGAAAUCCCUGCAUUCUUGAGCGAUAUAAGAGCUUUAAAAGAGUUAUCUUUGGGUGGGAAUCAAUUCUUUGGUUCAGUUCCAGCAACUUUUCGGAGUUUUACCCAGCUGGAAACUUUGAGUUUACAUGAUAAUGGUUUGAACGGAAGCUUGCCAGAGGAGCUUAUUACUAUGAGCAACUUGACUACAUUGGACGUUAGUGGGAACAAGUUUUCUGGUGAAAUUCCUGCAAAUAUUGGGAAUUUGAGUAGGAUAAUGUCAUUGAAUUUGAGUAGAAAUGUUUUCUCAGGAAAGAUUCCAUCUAGUUUGGGAAAUCUGUUGAGGCUAACGACUCUUGAUUUGAGCAAACAGAAUUUAUCAGGUCAGGUGCCAUCUGAACUUUCUGGCUUGCCAAAUCUUCAAGUCAUUGCUUUGCAAGAAAACAGGUUAUCAGGUGAUAUUCGCGAAGGGUUCAGUAGUUUGAUGGGUCUGCGAUAUUUGAACCUAAGUUCCAAUGGCUUAUCUGGUCAGAUACCUCCAACUUAUGGUUUUCUCAGGUCACUGGUUGUUCUUUCAUUGUCCAAUAAUCACAUCUCUGGAGUGAUUCCACCAGAGCUUGGUAAUUGCUCUGAUCUUGAAAUCCUUGAGUUGCAAUCGAAUUAUGUUACUGGUCAUAUUCCUGCUGACCUCUCUCAUCUUUCGCAUCUGAAAGUGCUUAAUUUGGGAAAGAACAAUUUAUCGGGUGACAUCCCAGAGGAGAUCUCUCAAUGCUCAUCCUUAACUUCAUUGUUACUUGAUACUAAUCACCUAUCAGGCAGCAUUCCAGAUUCAUUGUCCAAUUUAUCCAACCUAUCAUCUCUUGAUCUUUCCACUAAUAACUUGAGUGGGGAGAUUCCAGCUAAUCUUACACGAAUUGCUAGCUUGGCGUACUUGAAUGUCUCGGGCAAUAAUCUUGAAGGUGAGAUUCCAUUUUUGCUGGGGUCUAGAUUUAACGAUCCAUCGGCAUUUGCGGGUAAUGCAGAGCUUUGUGGAAAGCCAUUGAACAGGAAAUGUGUGGAUUUAGCCGAGAGGGAUAGAAGGAAAAGGUUGAUUUUGUUGAUUGUUAUAGCUGCAAGUGGAGCUUGUCUCUUGACACUCUGUUGUUGCUUCUACGUUUUCAGUCUCUUGAGAUGGCGAAAGAGGCUGAAACAAAGGGCAGCAGCAGGGGAGAAGAAACGCAGCCCAGCAAGGGCUAGCUCAGCGGCAAGUGGAGGUCGCGGCAGUACAGAUAAUGGAGGGCCAAAGCUUAUCAUGUUUAAUAACAAGAUCACACUCGCAGAAACAAUCGAAGCAACCAGGCAAUUCGACGAAGAGAAUGUGCUAAGCAGAACCCGGUAUGGACUAGUUUUCAAAGCUUGCUACAAUGAUGGAAUGGUACUCUCAAUACGAAGACUACCCGAUGGAUCAAUGGACGAAAACAUGUUUAGAAAAGAAGCUGAAUUUCUAAGCAAGGUGAAGCACAGAAACCUCACAGUACUUCGCGGAUACUACGCUGGACCACCAGAUAUGAGACUCCUAGUGUAUGACUACAUGCCAAAUGGAAACCUUGCAACUCUACUCCAAGAAGCAUCGCACCAAGAUGGUCAUGUCCUAAAUUGGCCAAUGCGACACUUAAUAGCGCUAGGAAUCGCUCGAGGACUAGCAUUUCUACACACAUCAAACAUGGUUCACGGCGAUAUCAAGCCACAGAACGUUCUCUUUGAUGCAGAUUUCGAAGCCCAUCUGUCCGAUUUCGGUCUAGAGCAUUUGACAACAGCAGCAACAACGGCAGAAGCAUCAAGUUCAACAACAGUUGGAACCUUGGGCUACGUAUCACCAGAGGUAAUACUAACAGGAGAAGUUACAAAAGAAUCAGACGUCUACAGCUUUGGGAUAGUACUGCUCGAACUAUUGACAGGGAAAAGACCAGUGAUGUUCACAGAAGAUGAAGAUAUAGUGAAGUGGGUCAAGAAACAGCUACAAAGAGGCCAAAUAACAGAAUUGUUAGAGCCAGGGUUACUUGAGCUGGAUCCUGAAUCCUCAGAAUGGGAAGAAUUCUUACUUGGAGUUAAAGUUGGGUUACUCUGCACGGCACCGGACCCGCUUGAUCGACCAACAAUGUCUGAUAUUGUUUUCAUGCUUGAAGGUUGCCGUGUUGCUACCGAUAUCCCCUCUUCAGCUGAUCCUACUUCUCAGCCUUCUCCGGCACAACAACCCGAAACCUUUUGAAGAACAUCCGAAACCCGAUUUUUUUUUACUUUUUUACUUUUAUAUAUAAUUUUGUUCGUGUAAUGUAAUUUAGUAUGGAAUUUUUGUUUCAUUUUUUUCAAUUCUUGAAAAAAAUUUGAAGUAGUGUUUCGUCAA